GAAAAAUGCCGCCCAAACGUAUUGCUAAAAAAAGAUCACCCCCAGAAGAUGCCCUGCCAAAAAGCAAGAAGGUGAAAGACCGUCGUAACCAGGCAGUGAGGGCCGUUGCCUCCCACCGAGUUCCAGGCGCCCACUCCUGCCAAGGUGCCUGCAGGCCUAGCCCCCCUGACCAGAAAACCAGACCAGUCUCACAUAGGUCCCACAGAACAGAACCCGGUUUGGUGCUGACACUGGGCCAGGGUGAUGUGGGCCAGCUGGGACUGGGUGAGAGUGUGCUGGAGAGGAAGAAGCCCGCCCUGGUGCCCAUUCCGGAGAAUGUUGUACAGGCAGAGGCUGGAGGCAUGCAUACUGUGUGUCUGAGCAGAAGUGGCCAGGUCUACUCAUUUGGCUGCAAUGAUGAGGGUGCCCUUGGAAGAGACACGUCCGUGGAAGGCUCAGAGUCAGUCCCUGGGAAAGUAGAUCUGCUGGAGAAGGUGGUACAGGUGUCAGCAGGAGACAGUCAUACAGCAGCACUCACUGAGGAUGGCCGAGUUUUCCUGUGGGGCUCCUUCCGGGACAAUAAUGGUGUGAUUGGACUCUUGAAGCACGUGAGGAUGAGCAUGGUGCCCGUGGAGGUAGAGCUGAGUAUGCCUGUGGUGAAGGUGGCCUCAGGAAAUGACCAUUUGGUGAUGCUGACAAUUGAUGGUGACCUCUACACUUUGGGCUGCGGAGAGCAGGGACAGCUUGGUCGCGUGCCUGAAAAAUUUGCCAGUCAUGGUGGACCCCGAGGCCUUGAACGACUCCUGGUCCCCAAAUGUGUGAUGCUGAAAUCCAAGGGGAGCCACCGUCGUGUGAGGUUCCAGGAUGUUUUCUGUGGCGCUUACUUCACCUUUGCCAUCUCCCAUGAGGGGCACAUCUAUGGCUUUGGCCUCUCCAACUACCAUCAGCUUGGAACCUCGGGCACAGAAUCUUGCUUUGUACCUCAGAACCUGACAUCCUUCAAGAACUCCACCAAGUCAUGGGUGGGCUUCUCUGGUGGCCAACACCACACUGUCUGCAUGGAUUCAGAAGGAAAAGCGUACAGCUUGGGCCGAGCCGAGUAUGGGCGGCUGGGCCUUGGGGAGGGUGCUGAGGAGAAGAGUGUGCCCACCCUCAUCUCCAGACUGCCCCCUGUCACCUCUGUGGCCUGUGGGGCCUCCGUGGGGUAUGCUGUUACCCAGGACGGUCGUGUUUUUGCCUGGGGAAUGGGCACCAACUAUCAGCUGGGCACAGGCCUAGAGGAGGACGCCUGGAGCCCUGUGGAGAUGACAGGCAAACAGCUGGAGAACCGCACAGUCUUGUCCGUGUCCAGCGGAGGCCAGCACACAGUCCUGCUGGUCAAGGAUAAAGGACAGAGCUGAUGAAGCCUCUGAGGGCCUGGCUACCAGGCCCCCCACGCCCUUCCCCCUGGAACAGGGAAGCCAUGAGGACUGCAGGUUGCAGCAGGCCUCCCCGACCCUGAGCGUUCUGUCACCUCCUGCCUUUUCCCCAUGAACAGAAUCCUUUUCCUCUUUCUUUCUUCUUCCAGAAUUGUCCUGGCACCUGCAGGAUGAAGAAGGUGUGGGG